AUGCGAAACUGCCGCGUCGCGUCGUCGCGCGCGCGCCUGCGCCUCGGCCUCGGCGACGGCGACGGCGACGACGCGCGCGUCCUCGGCGGCGCGUUCGACGACGAGCGCGACGCGCUCGAGGCCGCGACGGCGACGCGAUGCGCGACGACCGGCGGCGCGGUGAUUUCGCUGCGACGCUUUCGCGUCGCCGACGGCGUCGAGCUCGAGCCCGCGCGCGCGUGCGAGACGCGCGGUGAUGACGUCGCGUGCGUCGGCGUGGCGUGCGUGCGAGAGACGGACGAGAUCGUCGCGGCGUUCGCGUCGGGGGAAUUCGCGGCGACGCCGCGGGCUCGGGACGCGAACGACGACGGGUGCGACGUCGUCGGUGAGAUACCGUGCGGCGUGCGCGCGUUCGCGUGGUGCCCGGACGGAGAGACGUGCGCGGUGAUGAGCGCGGAGGGACGCGUGGUGAUCAUGACGAGGGAUUUUUAUCCGGUGAGCGAGACGCGCGGGGACGGCGGGGCGGACGACGAAGACGCGGCGAACGAGACGACGAGCGGAGCGACGAUCUCGUGGCGGGGAGACGGACGGUAUUUCGCGUGCAGCUCGACGAACGCGAAGACGGGAGAGACUACGAUGCGAGUGUGGGAGCGCGAGGGCGCGCGCGUGGAGAGCGUGGGGGAGACGAGGACGGCGUCGAGCGGGACGCCGGCGACGCUCGCGGCGGGCGACGGGACGCCGGCGUUGGCUUGGCAGCCGCGAGGGGCGUUGAUCGCGGCGGCGGCGCGAUCAGAAUGUGAUGUGAGCGAUCGCGUGGUGUUUUACGAGCGGAACGGGCUGCGACGGGGGGAUUUCGUGCUUCCAGGGGAAGGCGCGGAGAUUACGAGUCUGGCGUGGAGCGCGGAUUCGGCGUGCUUAGCGGCGGCGACGCGGUAUCGCGACGGCGCGCACGCGGUGCAGAUUUGGACGCGAUCAAACAUGCAUUGGUACUUGAAACACGAAACGCGGUAUCCCGCGCGCGAGGGCGUCGUGCGCAUGGAGUGGGACGCCGAACGCGGAGACGUGUUGCGCGCGUACACGGAACGCGGAGCGAUCCAUCGUUACGACUUGUUUUGGGAAACCACGGUGAGCGAUCGAGGGACGUGCGCGGUGAUCGACGGCGACUGCCUCAUGCUUACGCCCAUGUUUCGCACGCCCGUGCCGCCGCCGAUGUGCGCGGCCAAGGUGGUGUUUAGCGCCCCCGUAAUCGCCGCGGCGUUUCAACCGGCUCGAGCUUCGCGAAAUGAAACAGUCGUCGCGCUGUUAUCGACCGGCGAACUCGCGUACGCGACGAGCGACAGCGGUACGGAUUGGGCGUUGACGGCAGAUAAUUUCGCCGAUAGUGAACGAGCCGCGACCUGGGCGCGGUGGUGCGACAACGAAAUACCCGCGACGCCGUACUCGAGCGUCGCCGUCGCCGACGCCGCCGUCGAGCAUUUGGCUUGGGUGCGCGAUGACCACUUGAUUGUCGCCGCGGCGCGCGAACACGAGACCGAAUUAUUGCUCGUGCCUUUCGACGAAACGAAAACGCCGGGCGAAGACGCAAUGAGUCGACGAAUCGUGCCGGUGGCCGUCGGAGCGUUGACGAGCGCCAACGGCGUCGCGUUCGCGGUGGCGCGAGAUUCCGCCGACCUAUACCAAGUGGACGUGACGGAUACCAUCGCGGCGGGAGGCAACGCAUUUGACGAUGCGUGGCUCGUGCGCUCGCACGGCGUGCCAAGCGCGGGCGGCGAGACUCUGAAAAUAAUCUCCUCGCGAGGAUUAGACGUUGGCGAUCGCUACGCCUCGGCGCUGGGAACGUCCGCGGAUCGACCAAGCGGGGCGCUGGUCACGCUUGACGAUCGAGGAAAUCUCAGAAUUGGAAACAUACUCGUUGCGCCCAGAGUCACGUCGUUCGCGACGCACGUUUUCGGUGCCGAUGGAUGCGCGGUGACGACGCCCGAGGAGAGUGCAGAGGUGGCGGCGGCGGCGCGCGAUUCCUCGCGUUGGCUUCCUGACGCCGUCCCAUCGGCACGCGUGUGCUACAUUACCCGAGACAAUCAGCUCUUUGUCGCUGAAGUCGACGACGUGAUAGCCAACGGCGGAGGACGCGCCCGAGUCGUGGGUGAAGUCGCUGCGGACGACGCGCACAUUGGAAAUUGGCUGGCCGAGCGUUCUGCGGCGGAUGGCGCACGCAUGGGCGAGCUCGCGUUUAGCGAUUUGCACAUGCGCAUGCGCCGUGCGAUGCGCCCCGAAGCGGCAAAAGUUGCCGCGGACGCGACGACACGACAAGUCGAAGACGGUGCUCGCAUUGUCGCGUGCGCGCCGGGAACGACGAGCGUGGUUUUACAAAUGCCGCGCGGGAAUUUAGAGACGGUGGCACCGAAGGCUUUGGUGUUACCCGCGACGGCGUGUGCGCUACGCGCAGGUAGAUAUGGUGAUGCCUACGCGCUCGCAGCGAGGCAGCGCGUGGAUUUGAAUCUCAUCGUCGAUUACGGGUGGCCAAAUUUCUUGAACGCCGCCGACGCCUUCGUGCGAGACGUCGACAGCGCGGACGCGGUGAUGGAACUUCUUGAAGCGCUCGAUGACGGCGAUGUCACGGCGCCUGGUGGAAUUUACGAAGAUCUCGUACGAUUGUAUCCGCCUCGCUCGAGCGAUGCAGGCGCAGGCGCGAACGAGCGGCCGAACAAAGAAUCCAAGGUACAAGCCGUGUGCGCGGCUAUCAGAGCGGCGAUCGAGACGCACGUCGGCACUGGUGGCGCCGCGAGUGUCGGUCGUUGGGAAUUAGCCGCAUUGACAUCUUACGCUUCCGGCGAGAAUCCCGAUUUGGCUUCAGCGCUUCGUCGCGUCGCCGUAUUGCGUGAGCGCGAGUUGGAAGACGCGGCGUCGAACGCGCUCGUCUCGUCGUCGUCGAAGAACGAAGGUGGGCGCGCCGUCGACGCGGCGGCGGCGUUGAAGCAUUUACUCUUUUUGGUCGGCGGCAAGACUCUAUAUUCCGCUGCUUUGGGUACUUGCGAUCUUUCGCUGGCGUAUCUCGUCGCGCAACACGCGCAGAUGGACCCGGGGGAGUACAUGUCCGAGUUGCAAGAAUUCCAAGCCAUGCGCGAGCACGAGCGCCGCGCCGAAAUCGCCAAACGGCUCGGUCGUCACGAGGACGCCAUCACGGAAUACUUGUUGGAUGAUAAUGUCUCCGCCGCUGGUAGCGUCGCCGCCGAACGUAAAAUGUUCCCUUGGGCACUCGCGGAAGCGAAACGAUUGAACCUCGCGGACGCCCGGCGCGCACUGCUGUUGCGGCACGCCGAACAUUUGUCGUCGAGCAUGCGUUCUGAAGACGCCGCGAUCGCUCGCCUCGCCGCUGGUGAUCUCACUGGAGCAUUAGACGAAUACCGCGCCGGACUUUCGUGGCGUCAGGCGCUCGCGCUGGCGAACCGAUUGGAAAUGCCCACGAACGCGGUGCGCGACAUCGCGGAAGAGCUGUGCGAGUCUCUCACGCUGUCGGAUCCUCUCGCCGCCGCGCGCGUGGCGAGCGGGUAUCUUCAAGACAUCGACCGCGCGGUUGAGUUAUUCGCAAACGCUGGUGCGUGGCGAGAAGCGUGCGAGACGGCAUACGCGAAGAAUCGCGCAGAUUUGAUGCAAACCACCAUCGCACCCGCGUGCGCGGGCGCGGCGAAGGAACAUUUCGACGCGUUCAAGGAAAACAAGUUGCGCUCGGAAAAGUACGUCGAGCGUCUUCGUGAUUUGCGCAAACACCGCGAGCGAGCUGAGUUAGCGCUCGACGACGGCGGAUGGUCCGAACUCGGCGGUCGCCCUCGAGCCGGCGUCGGCGCCGACGGAUUGGAGGACGACGACGCGAUGAGCGAAGCGCCGAGCCUCGCGAGCGACAUGAGCGCCUACACCGAUCGCACAGGCUUGACGUCUGUCGUGAGCGGCACGUCUGCGGCAUCCACAAUCGGCGGUCGCAAAGGCAAGAAACGAAAAGACAAGAAGAAUAAAAACAAUCGUAGCGGAUUACGUGCGGGGUCUCCGACGGAGGAGCGCGACUUGGCGCUUCACGUCAUCGCGCUCGCGCCCGUGAACAAAACCCUGGAAGAAAUCGGCGAGUUGCUCGAGCUUCUGGUGAGUUUAGGACACGAAGACGACGCGCGCGCCUUACAGCGCGUCGUCAGUGAAGCCGUCGACGCCGCAUCUCGCGCGAAAGUUGACGCCGAGACGAGUCUGGGAGAACUUAUCGAGCGAGCGAAAAAAGCGGGCGAAAGCGUCGAGGCGUUCGAAAAGCACGCGAGUGCGUUCGACGCGACGCCAGAGUGGAAGUGGUCGCUCCUUCGCGCGGCGACGGGAUCGAGCGAAUGA